UUUUUUUUUGACCUUUUGGAACGUUGCGAAAUCAGAAGCUAUAAAAUGCAGGCUUCCAUGAGCGAGUGAGUGCGUGCAUUCUAAAGCAAAAAGCAAAUACCAGUACCAGAGCUUGGGAGAGCGAGAAUAGACGUCAUGGGUAGUAAUUUGAAGAACGCUGUGAUUGCUUUUCUGGUGCCACUUCCUUCUAUUUUCUUCUACCUUUCCCUCCUUAACCAUUAUCAUACCAGCCUUAAUGAUGGCUCUGUUCUUUCUCCUUUGUGGGCAUGGUGCGUUUACCACCCUCUUCUAUUGGCCAACAUUCUCUUCUUCUUCAACGUCAAUGUCCUCUUCUGGCUCAUCAGUCACAUCCAAUCUAGUCACUGGAUGAUAGAUCUGUACUGGACUGUGAUACCGAUAUUGCUUGUUUACUACUAUGCAACUCACCCUUUUGCCCAGUAUAACUGGCAGAGGUCAAGAAUUGUGAUAACAUUAACAUGGGUGUGGAGUUUGAGGCUUACCCAUAACUACUUUAGGCGGGAAAAGUGGCAGUGGGGUGCUAGAGAGGACUGGAGGUUCACUGAUAUGCGUGGCCAGUAUGGCAAGCACUGGUGGUGGAUUUCCUUUUUCUCUGUCUAUUUCUCGCAGCAGGUUUUUCUGAUCGGAGUAUGUCUGCCAUUUUAUAUUGUUCACUCGGUUGAUAAGCCAUUGAAUGUAUAUGAUUUUGUUGCCGUUGCCGUCUGCUUAUAUGGUGUUGCGAUAGCAUACUUCGCUGAUACACAACUCCAUGAAUUUGUGACAAGAAAUAACAAAUUUAAAGAGCUUGGAAAGCCAAUGGUGCCCAACCUUGAUAGGGGCUUGUGGUGUUACUCACGGCAUCCUAACUACUUUGGAGAGCAGUUGUGGUGGUGGGGACUGGUUAUAUUUGCGUGGAACCUUGGAAAUGGGUGGACCUUUGUCGGGGCUUUCAUUAAUAGUUCGUGCUUAGCAUAUGUUACUGUGCUUGUAGAGCAGCGGAUGCUGAAACAACAGUACAGAGCUGAAGCAUACAGGCUGUAUCAGAAGACAACUUCAGUGUGGAUCCCCUGGUUCAAAUCAUCUGCCUUUGCCAACGAAGUGGUGUACAGUAGCCAUCCUACAACCUGGAUUUAUUGGCUUUAACAUUGGAGGCUUUUCUGGCACUGCGAGAGCAAGGGAAUGAUGAAUGCGGCUAACUUCUAAAUACUAGUCUGUCAAUCUGCUCUGCAUAUUUUAGUAAAGUUUAUUUAAAAAGCUGGCUUAAUUGGGUUGUUGUCUUUGCACCUGAAAUGAGCUGCUGGGGAGAAACUGAUGGUUUUGUUUUCAUUCUCUUUCACGGAUCCCAGCCACUGAUGCUUGCAGGCUUCACAUGAAUGUGAUAUUGGAAACUAAAAGGAGGAAAGGGAAUCAGGUAAUACAAUAUUUGAAAUGAAAAGCACAUCAUGGUCCGCUUACAAAGCUAAGCUAACUUAGUUGAAGUAAAAAAUUAUCAAAAUUUGGAUAUUGAUGUUGGGUUAACUGUUCAAGCCCCAAUUUGGGUAAUUUUUAAAUGCCUGAAAUUAUCACAUCCGUGACUAAGUAUCAAGAACAAAAAGGACUUUGCCAGUGAAUUUAUUGUCUUUAGUUGUUGACAUUUUGUCAGAGGAUGUUGUUGAUUGGUAAUUAACUAAUGGAACUAAAGCAUAUCUUUUGUGAAAGUGAUGCUAUCCAU